CCUGUAUACACAAUUGUCAAUAUGAACAAACCUGGGCGAUAUUGCGUAGCACGAAUGGGUCUCGCCGUCUCAUAUUUCAACAGAUUUCUUCAGACAGCUUGCGUCGGGGUAAUUCAGUCUUGUUUCUUCGCCAGUAAUUCACAGGCCAUCUUCACAUUCUUGAUGUGUUUAGACGCCAGUGCUGUCCUAUAUCUCUCAAUUAUUUGCAUAACUCAGACAAGACGUACCGGAUUUUUUUUGACAUCCAGGAAAAGAUAUCCUUUCCCUUUAAUUUGACAACAUGAAGUUUACGUACAUGAAAACGUGGGUAUUUGCGGCGAUUUCAAUACGAUUUUUUAUUGAUGGUUCAGAAGAAUUCUUCAUCGCACCAACAGCCUGGUAUUACAUCAAGUCACUUGGUGAAACCGUGACAUUCCUUGGUCUUGUUCUUUCUGCGUAUCCAGUUGGUGCACUUUUGACCGGCUCCAUCGUUGGAAAAUUGGCGGACAAAUUUGGACACAUCAAAUUUAUCAUUGUCAUGAGUUUGUUCAUGAAGGUCGUCGCUAAUUUGAUAUAUGCAAUUCCAUUCUCGCCAUAUUUUCCUCUGGCUGGAAGAUUAUUAAGUGGGCUUGUCGAUGGAUCUGCUGGAGUAUAUUUGGGACAAAUGAUUUUGUACACCCCAAAGAGACAUGUUGCCCAAGUUUGCAUUAUUUAUGAUGGAAUGUUCACACUCGGAUCUCUUUUUGGUCCAACAGUAAGCGUAUUUUUGACAUUUAAUAUAAACAUCUUCGGAUGGAAGAUUGACGCUGGUAACUCACCAGGAAUCGUCCUGGCGCUUAUAUGGCUUGUGUUGUUUGUAAAUGCACUGUGGUUUCCGAAGGAGUUAGGAACCAAAAGAGUCACGGAUGAUGAUGAAGAGGAUAAUAGUGAAGAUAACGGAAAUGACGUUUUGGAUAAGCAAUAUUCACCUCAAACACAAAGAUAUGGUUCUCACUCUACGGUGUUUCUGUUGCUUUACCUAAUAGUUCUGGCACUUUUUUGCUCCACAACGGUGACGUUUUAUGUUCCAUUGCUCGCACAAGAGCAUUUUCAUCUCCAAUUUCUCCACGUUAAAUUACUUUUCCUCGUUAGCUCUUUAUUCUCGAUGGGUUUGUUCAUUAUAUUUUACGCCGCUGCACAAUAUUGCGGGGAAACACGUCUGUUGAUCGGAGCAAUGUUAAUGCAGGUCUCCGCUAUUUCAAUGUUGACGUAUUUUGCUUUUGGUUGGGACCGUAUGUUUGGUGUUUACGGGGGUUACAUACUCAUUCCAUACAUUUGUCUCGGAAUUCCGUAUUAUUCUUUUUCCUUGUGUGCUUCGCUCUUGUCUAAAGUUACAGAUCCAAAGGAUAUUGGAUUUUAUCAGGGCAGCUCAUUCGCUGCAUCUCAUUUAGGGUUUCUGCUAAGCCGUACAGUUUCGUCCUUUAUUUUCAAUAAGACGCGUCUCUUGUGGUUUUGCUUUGCAUUGUUUUUGUCCUGGACCUUGGGAAUUGUCUGGUUUGCCUAUGAAUAUCGAAAUCUAAAGCGAGCAAAAAUGAAAUGAUAAGAACGAAACCGCCCAUUUUUAUUUUAAAUUUAUAAUAUGUUUGUAAUAUCCCCUUGGAAUCGUACAUUGAUGUCCAAUCACGCCUACGCAUAUGUUCUCUGAUGACAAUGAAUGGCCUGCUAUUUGAAGUUACAUACGCAUUUACAUAAUUUCAUGUCAUUAUGUCAUAUUUUACGAAAUAUAGAGAAUUUCUCGAUGUCCUAUCAAGACGUUUUCUUGAAUACGUAACCGUAAAUACUUUUUGCAAUAAAAGUACUAA